AUGAUUGCUGACGACAGUGAACAUUUUCCAAGUCCAAUAUUAAUGGGACUAUUUAUAGAAAUUCUUGGAAUGGCAAUCAUGAUAUUUCUGGGAUUCAUGGGGUGUGUUUUUAACUAUGAAAUAGGACUAUCAGCUUUCGCCUUCGGAUUGGCAACUUUAGUAGUUGUACAAAUGCUUCAGGCUAGCGGACCAGUACAUAUUAAUCCGGAAAUGUCGUUGGUUUUUUAA